AUGACAACGCAAAGAAAAGCGGCAAGCCUGCUGGGGCUGCCGGACCGCUUCGUGGCAGUGGAGAUUGAGUCUGAGUACUCCUUCUUCGGCGACCUCUCAGCAGCCGAGACUGGCCUAGAAGGGGCUCUAGAGGACGGUCUUGAAGCUCCACCGCCUGAGGAAGGUCUCUCGAGCCAGGACUACUGCCUACAUGCCGCUGAAGAUGAAGGCUUGCCCUUGGAAGAGGAGGAGGAUUUGUCGGUUGCGUCUAUUUUUCGCAGCCAACUGGGUUUGGGAGCAAUUGCAAAGACCCAAACGAAGCCUGUGGACCCUGACGACGACGCUGGCCUGGACGCGCUCUUGACGGACCCACUGGCUGUUGCGCGAAAGCAGCUGCGAGAUGACGAUUAUGACCAGCGGGAACUUCCCUCGGAGCUGUUCCCUGAUGCGAUGUCGGUAUCGAGCGCAGCAGCGGUAGCCCAGUCCCCCUCGCUGUUUGGCGUCACGUCCAGCUCCUACACCUUGUUCGACGGCUACAGCACCAACAUGCUUGGCGGGGCCAGUUGUGGCCCCGACAACGGCAUGCGGCCCGGAGGCGCCAGCGGCGCAUCAUCCUUCGCGACAGCGCAGCAGCAGCCUUCACUGCCUUCACUGCCUUCACAGCCGCUCAUGCCACAGCCUUCGCCACCGUCGUCCAGCUCCGCCGGACCGUCGCUACUGCAGAUGCUGAAGAAGCCGUCUCAGGCGCCCCGCAAGGCAUUGACCCUGGAGGAGCUCGAGGCGCGCAUGUUUGGCACCGCAGAGUUCGCAUCAUCGGCGUCAGGGGGCCCCAAGGGGGUGCUGCAAGCGCCUGGCGCUCCGAUUGCAGAUGCGCCCGGCGCCGCGGUUCUUGUGUCAGGCGGUUCAGGCGGCAUUGGACAUGACACCCGGGCGGCCGCAGGGCCCUUCCAGCAACAGCAACAGCAACAGCACCCGCAAGGGUCGAUAGCGCGACCGCUGCCCGGCAUGCCCGUCAGCAAUGCGGCCACAACGCAGGGUCCGCGGUUGGGCGUGCCAAUGGCAGCGGGCACGAUGGGAGCGCCGGGCGCGUUCCCGGGCCAGCUGCAGCCGCCGCCUCCAUCGCCUCCCGGGCCACAGGGACAGACGCCGCAGCCGUUGCAAGGAACGUCACAAUCGCUGCCUCCUCCGCAACAUCACCACCACAUGCACAGCGCAGCUGCACAUCACGGGCCCAUGCAGAUGCCGCUGCAGCCGCUGCCUGGUGCCCCCGGGCCCGGACUGUUCCCUCAGCCGCACGUCAUGGGUGGAGGUCACAUGGGCGCUGGACCGCAGCCCUCCAACUUCAUGUACAACAACAACAGCAAUGGGAUGUUGGCACCGCAGCCGCCCCAGCACCACCACCAGCACCCGCCCGGUCCUGGCAUGCUGCCGCCUGGCGCCAUGGGGUCGCCGCAGUACGGCCCUGGCGCGCUGUACGGCCCGCCACGUGGCCCCAUGCCUCUGUACGGACCCGGGCCGAUGGGUAUGGGUGGCCCGACACCAUACAUGCAUGAUGGCGGCUUUCCAAUGCGGCCCAUGGGUGGCCCGCCGGGCAUGCCUGGCCCGAUGCACGGAAUGCCGCCGCGCCCCGGCCCCUUCGGAUAUGGUCUGGGACCCGCACUGGGCCCUGGCGCGGCACCUGGCCAGCAGCAGCGCCAGCAGCAGCAGCAGCAACAGCCGCAACAGCUCGCAGCUCCAGGGCCCCAGCGGUCGCCCUUGUUAUCAGGACCGCAGCUGCCGCCGGGCAGUGGGGCGCAGAGGACCAUGCCGGGCUUACUGGGUCCCGGGGGUGUCCCGGGAGCCCAGCGCCCAAGCCAGACACGCCAGGCUGUGCCUCCUGCUGCAUCGGAUUUUGGGCAGCAGGUAGUGGUAGUGGUAGUGGUGGCCACCCCAGUGGUGUCAAGUGCGCUGGGUGCACUGAUUUGUGUGGGUGGGUGGUUUGCUGCCCGGGCCAAUGGCGUUCAAGGCGCGCUGGGGGCAGGUCCGGUGGCGCUGGCGGCGGCAGCCGCCGCCGCAACAGCCGGCCGCCCUGGCGGCCGUCUCGGCGGCAAAUGGAUGCCGCCAGAGGACGUCGAGUACAUCGUACGCAGCUUGCUGUAUACGGUUGCCAACGGUGUGCCGUACGUGGAGGACUACUACUACCAGGCCUUUGUGCACAAGCGCGUCUCCAGGUCGACGCGGCAGCAGCUGAUGUCCCCCGGGUCCUUCCCCAUGGCGGCCCCCUUCGUGCCUGAGUCUCUGCGGGAGCUAUCAGAGGACCAGAUGAGCCUGAUGCGGCUGGACUCGAGCGUCAGGGCCAAGUUUGUGGAGGGUUUGCAGGGCCUUGGCAAGAUUGUGCUGUCGAAUAUCCGCACGCCCAAGGUGCUGAUGGACCUGACGGACCGGGAGUUUCACGGCGGUGGUGAGGCCAGAUCGCGUACCGUGCCCGUGGCAGAGGGUGAGGGUUCGGCCGACGUUGCAAAGGGAUCUGCGGAUCAGCAAGGGCGCUGUGCCAGGCCACUGGAGCAGGAGCCCCUCCUGGCGGCCCGCAUCAUGAUUGAGGACUGCAUGAAUCUGCUGCUGGAUGUGGACGACAUCGACCGCCUGGCGAACCACAUAGCGGCGAUGGCGCUGCCCAUAUCAGGCGGGCCCCCAGCCACAGCCGCCGUGGCUGCUGCUGUAGUUGCUGCUUCAGCAGCCACAGCCGGCGCGGCGGCCCCGGCGGCAGGCCUGUACAUCCCUUCAGCCGCUGGGCCGCUGCAGCUGUUGCAGCUCCGUCAGCGGCGAGAGCUGCUAUUGGCGGGUAUUAACGGGGCGUUCCGGCUUCCCAACUCACCCCGGGGCGUGGCGGCUGGCAGCGGCUUGGGUGCGGACGGCUCCUUGGAUUCGGAUUCAGGGACGCUGGUCGGUGGAAGCCUGCUCGACACGGGGGUGCCAGGGCCUUACGUGCUUCUGUGGGCCACCCUGCGUAACGCCUGGUUGAUCUUUGGCACCAGUCUCCAGCAAAGCUUGGAGGCCGUGACGGAGCGGGCCCUCCUGGAGUCGACAGCGCGGCUGGCGGCGGCGGUGCGGGAGGCGCUACUGCGCCUGCCCACUCAGCGAGACGUAGUGGACGCUGCGGCGGCGUUUAAUGCCGGCUGCCAGCAGCAUGUCGAGGCGCUUUGCCAGGGAAACCCGGCCAUGACGGGCUCCAUGGAAAUAACCCUGCUUCCAUUGGCACAGACGCGGGCGGCGGAGCCGCCGCCGUCACUUCCCUCGUCGUCGUCAUCGCCGGGGACGUCGGUGGCGGCGCCAGCAUGGCUUGGGGAGGCGCUGGCGGCGCUGGUAACGAGGGCCUCGCAGCUUGGACUAUCGGAGCCGCAGCCGCGACCGGGGGAUCGCGGUGUCGCUGGGGGUAGCGGUGCUGGUGCUGGUGCGGAUGGUGGCGCGGAGGUGGUGGCAUUGCCAGGAAGGAAAAUCAGCAGCAGCAGCGGCGGCAGCGGCGGCGGCAGUCAUGCGCUGGUAGAGGAGUGGCGGCGGGAGUAUGGGCUGCUUUAUGAGCGGCUGUCGCGCCACCUGGCCACACUCGGCGGCAUUCACGAGAUGGCGGCCGCCAGCGGCAAUGCCGAGGCUCUGGCGGUGGUGCGUGCGCUCAGCUGCCCCGCACUUGUGAACGCCAUGCUGCAGCACGCGUCGCCAGAUCAGGCGAGGUGGGUGGGUGGGUCAGUGCUUGGAGUCUUCUACUACCUGUGGGACCUAGUAACGCAUGGCGAGCGAGCGGUUGGGCAGGACCGCGGACUCGCGUGUAUUGUAUGUGUGCCAGUACUUUCCGGUUGGGUAAAAGUCGGCGUGGUGGCUGAACGGUGUGACUGUGACUCUUUGGAAAUGGGCCAGAUUAGUAUGCAGUGUAUCGCGGUGGUGCAGUGUACCCACGGGAGCGGCUUGGCGGUCGCCGGCAUGUUGGGCACCAACUGCCCCGACGUCCAGGGCACCCUCGACAGCACGAACUUCUACCGGUACGUCCACCGAGCGCCCCCGCUGCAGUGGAGCUCCAGCCUGGCUCAGGGAGCACAGGAUUACGCGGAUGAACUGGCAGCCCGCGGCUGCGCCCUCGACCAUUCCGUUAAUCAGGCGUUUGGGGAGAACCUCAUGCAGGUCAUUUCCUACCCAGCCCCCGACAUCGGCUGCAUGGAGGCGGUAGACGGCUGGUACAGUGAAGUCCAGUACUACGACUUCACAACGCCGAAACCGUUCGAAGUUAACUGGCCUCGAAGGAUCGGUCACUUCUCCCAGCUGGUUUGGCGCGCCAGUUCGGCUCUGGGGUGUGGUGUGGCCACCGCAGAUCAGCAGGUCGAAGUCCUGCCCGGGCGAUUCAGGCCCGGGGGAUUGCUUCCCCCCCGUCCCGAUGUCCAGGUGGAUGGUUGA